GUUUCCAUUGGCUGGGCGCGCCCGGGUCCCGGCUCCUCCUCUCCCCCCCCCUCCGUGGGCGCCUUCCUCCUCCUCCUCCUCCUCCUCCUCCCCCUCCCUUGACUCGCGAAUUGCGAUUGCGGGGAGGGACGGGCGAGAGAAGAGGAGCGGCCGCGCCAGCGCCGCCACUCCGGAUCAAGCUGGCGGGACUUGCCGGGCGCACGGAGAGCGGAGCCUGCUGCUGCUGCUGUUGCUGCUGCUGCUGAACCGGAGCGCCAGACCCUGGUGGAAAGCGGAGCGACUCCGGAUCGAGGGCCAGACGGAGCUCGGACUCGGGAAGGAAGGAAGGAAGGAAGGAAAGAAAGAAAGAAAGAAAGAAAGAAAGAAAGAAAGAAAGAAAGAAAGAAAGAAAGAAGGAGGAACGGAAGGAGAAAAGGGAAGGGAGGGAGGCCUGAAGGAAGAAAGGAGAAAGGGGAAGAAGGAAGGAAGGAAGGAAGGAAGGAAGGAAGGAAGGAAGGAAGGAAGGAAGGAAAGGGGCGAGCGCCCCCGAGACCCCCUCCCCAAAGACCGGCGCGCCGCCUUUGCAAACUCUCCACCCGGGCGCCGAAGCUCCGUCCGGGAAGAAGAUGCGGCGGCGGCGAGGGCUGCGGGAGCCGGAGAACAACCCAAGUGACUGCUCCGUUUCCUAGCCCAGCCCGUUCGCCAGAAAGCAUCUACCAAUGGCGGAGAAGCGGGUCCUGGAGGCAGUGAGCGCCAUGAGUUACAGCAAGCUCCCUCGACUGGAGAUGGACCCAACCCACGUCCUCCCAAUGGGUUUCUGCCGGUCGAGCAGGCUGCCCGACCUCCCCACGAAUGACCAUUACAGUUACAAAGGCUCCUACUUUACUUUCCCACUCCAGUGCCACGAAGCGCCCAAAACUUUAUCUCACUGGUCGGCUGCUGAGACCUACAGCCAUUGCCCGGAAGGUGCGCCCGGCCAGUCUCCAAGGACAGAGAAAGCUAACUACCAGCCCGAAAUGGAAAGUUUAAAAUCGCGUCAGAGACUUCUAAGUUCUGAGAAGGUCAACGAAUGUAUCAACCGAGAGCAGUGGGCCAGCUAUGUGGGUCACACAGGGGUGAUCCAGCAAGGUUGGAUUCAGGGAUACCCAACCCAGCAGCUCUCUCCAGCUCCUGCAGCUUGCUCCACUUUGGCAGCCCCCAAACCGGUUUACCGAAGCCACCCAUACGGGGCAGAAUCGGGCUACUCCCCCAAAGGGGCUCUGACCUUCCGAAUGCAGAUGGAGAACUUCUCCAAGCGUCUGGAAUGGUCUUCCCCGUCCUCGGUUUUGCCCACUGGUGCCGAGAGUCGCGGUUACAGCACAGGGGGGUCCAAGAAAACCUCGAUGGCGGAGAAUGGCAUGGUACAGUUUCAGAAAAGGUCCAAAGAGGGCGCUGUUCACUCGGCUGCCUUCUUGCCUUACCAUAAGACAUUGGAGAAAUGCCAGGGGGCACAGAAUGGUUCUUCCUUGGAUUCCAGCUAUCCCUCUGUAAGUCAGAAAAGCAUCUCUGAGUCCCCAGCAGAUAGCAAUUCCAGCAAACACAUGUGGUCCAGGCUGCCACCACCACCACCACCUCCUCCUCCUCCUUCCAGCUUGCUGGUGAGUCCCCAGGACCUGGCAUACCAGGAGCGAUCACCCCCAUGCUACCCUCUGGGAUCGUAUCCCCUCACUUCUCAUGAACAAAUGUUGUUGUAUCACCAGAGCUACGUGCAAGCCGAAAAAACAAACUCGGUUUUUGCUUUGGCGGCCUGCAAAGGUUUUGGGUCUCCAAGCCGUGAAGAUGGCCAACUGGUCCCCGGGUCAUAUUUUCAGCAAACCUCUCGCAGCUAUUAUCCUGGCCAUCUGGAGAGCUACCUUUACCAGGCUGUGGGCCCGCCUCCAAUGGCCCCCUUUGAAGAGCUUCGCUCUUCAAGAGAACAUGAGCACCCACAGAACUCAACGAUCAAGAUGGACUGUGCCCCAAAGACUCCUGUUUCGGCUCCUCCGGCUUGUAGUCCUUGGCGCAGCCGAGGUGAUCUCCCAGACUGGUGUGAAAGUAGCCGUGUUCCAAGAGAAGCCAGCACAAAUUCUUCUGGUCUACAAGCUUUCCCUUCCAUUCAUCAAGUAGACCGGCUGUCUCAUUGUUACGACAGGGUUGGAAAGAUGGAGGGAAAUGGUUGCAAGAAGGAUCUUUGCCCACCAGAAAAGCUGAAUGAGAAAGAGGAGGAAUCUUCUGAGAAACAUCACAAGGUCUCCUUAACUUAUGAAUCUAGGAAGAGGAGCAUCACCACUCACAAAAAUGAAUUGGGAGGCUGCAUAAUUAUUUCUGAUAGUCCCAUUAUCUCCCACCAUCCCUACUCCAAACCAUCCCUGCCCAAAAAUGUUCUGAAGGCUCCCAACAUCCAAUCUAUACCUCAUGUACAUUGGUCCCCAGAGCGUCAACCAAAGGGACUCCAUGAACAGCAUGAGGGUCCCUCAACUUCUUCUCCUCCUAUGCCUGUUAUCAACAAUGUCUUCAGCUUAGCUCCAUACCAAGCAUACUUAGAAGGUUCUACCGAUUUGGUGGAACUGGACGUCACUAAAAGUUGUCAAGCUGAGGAGUUGCCUCCGAAAAGCAGAGACAAGAGUGUGGAAAAUGGAUUUGUGCCUUGGACAGGCUCUAAAAGAUCGAUUGAAGAAUCUAAGGUGGAUCUGCCUAGGGAGGAAGGAAGCACUUGCAAUACAAUAACGAAAGUUGGAGAUGCUGACUUGAAUAAAAAUAAUCUCCCAAUAGGACAAGGAGUUGGAGAUUAUGCUGAGCCUUGGCAAAGCUUCAAGGUCAAGCUUUUGAAUCCAACUGAUCUUGGGUCUUGCCAAACAGCCCCUGCCAAUCGUUCCAAUGGUAGAGUUGAGAGACUUACUCAUGAAGACCAUGUGUUGGACCUCAGCUUUAAAACGGAAGACUUGGCAGAGAGACUUGAUCUUCAGCAGCUGCCCAAGAAAGUUGAGGCUCCAGACAAUGGAGAUCCAAAGAUCAAAAGUCAAGAAGUGAAGGAAAAAGCAGCCAACAGCCAGGGCUCUGUCUCCCAUGCAAAAGGAGAGGCCUUGGUGCUGCCCGCCAACGGUGAUUCUAGAAGUAAUAGACAUUUUCAUAGCUCUGCAGCGUUUCUGUUCAAGAAAUUCAAAAUCCUAAAAGCACAUGCAGCUGAAGCUGCCUCUGGGGUCAAGAAUGUCUCUCUCCCAAAAAAUUCUGGCUCACAGGUUACUCAGCAAAAUAACUCCUUGGUUGGGUCCAGCCUUCCCCAGACUGUGACUCCAUCCAAAACUCUGAUCUUGCAGAUCCAAUGCUUGAAUGCUAAACUGCCCAAUGCUUCAACAUCCUUGCCUCCCAGUGCCCCUCCUGGCUCUCCUGCCCUUAGAGAGACCCAGGUUCUGGAUCCCACCACUGAAAAACGUCUUGGCCAGCAGAAAUCACCCAGGCAGUAUUUCACUGCGUUGCAUACCUCUGUCUGCACUAUAAUUUCUAGUUCGGUGUCUACCUGCUCCCCUGACAAACUCAAGGAAUGGUUGGAGAUGUCUGAGUCCACUGUGGAACUGCAAGAGAAGACCAUCAGUUGCACCAAGCCCAAAAAUGGUUCAAAGAUCUCUGAAGGACCCAAGCUCUCCAAGGGCAAAGAGAUCUGGCUGGCCUUUAACGAUGUAGAGGCGCUCCUCAAGAAGUUGCAAUCUCAACUGGAGAUAUUUGCGCUGUAUAAUAACUGUCCUUUUCCUCAUGUGAUGCGAGCUGGCGCCACUUUCAUCCCUAUUCACGUGGUGAAGGAGGAACUCUUCCCCAAUCUUUCUGGUGUGUCGGUUGACCACGUCUUGCAGGACCACAAGGUGGAACUGCGUCCUACCACCUUGUCUGAAGAGAAGGCACUGAGGGACUUGGACCUUAAGAGCUGUACUUCUCGGAUGUUGAAGCUGCUGGCUUUGAAACAGCUGCCGGACAUUUACCUGGACCUCUUGACCCUUCAUUGGCACGAGUGUGUCAAGCAGCAGCUUGGGGAUCCUGCGAACUUGAUCCCAAACAGUGAUGUUGAGGCAUUAGGAACAGAUGCAACCACAGAGUCUCUUGACCAGGACUUUAGAGAGAAGAGUACCAAAGGCAAAACAUGUGGAUUGGCAGCUUGUUUUGGGACUACGUCCUCGCAUUACAAGACUCCCCAACCAGAAGAUAAAGAAACACUUACCGGAUGUUCCUCACCUUCCCUCCAACAUGGUUGUGUGCUAAAGGGCAUGAAGGUGCUUCCUAAGGAAGACUCAGCCUUGGAGACCAAGGGACUCACUCUUUGCUCUGGUGCUAGGAGGCCAUCCCAUAAACAGCCAAGGACUCUUGAGCUUAAAUUGACUGCUAAGGUUGCUAGGAGGACAACCAGGGCCUCCAAGAUCCUUCACCUCCGAAAAUCUGUGGUUCACAUCCAAUUCCAGAACGCUCUUCAGGACAUUGAAGGACCUCAGGUUUUUGGUCCUUCAAGGAAGAGGAAGAAAGUCCCACCACCGCUCCUCCUAAAGCAUUUCAAGCGGCGGACAUGCAGUCGUGUCAAGGUUUCUUCCGUGGCCUCUGAGUAUCCAGAACUUGUUGGCAAGAGGAUCAGGCACUUGUAUGAGGAGAAGGACAAGACCGAGGCCUGGUAUCAGGGCGUGGUGCUUCGCGUUCACAAACCCCACAAAAACCCCUUGAAGACGGUUUAUGAGGUGAAAUACGAUAGUGAGCCAGAGUGGCAAUAUUACCUCGAGAUUCUGCAGGAUUAUAAGAAAGGUUGGGUGGAGCUGGAUGAAUGAGUGGAUGGGUGUUUGUGUGUGUGUCAAACUGAGAGGGGAGAGGGGCGAUUUGAUUCAUCCGGCGGCCGGACUGGAACACAGCUGAACGUUAUCAACAGGCUUCAAGAUUAAACCUGUUUCCCUACAUCUGGCGCAGCUUCAUCACGACACACGUUGGCUUAAGGUGACUUGGACCUGAUUCACAGAGUCAUCUUGUGGUACUCAACACCUCAGGGCUCCCUCACGCUUCCAGAAACCACACACGGAGUACUUUUCAGGGUUUGUCUGAACAAUGUUUUGAACCACAGCUGGGUUUACAAAAUAACUUCCUAUUGUCCCGACUGACACCAGAAGUGAAAUAUGAAUCUCAUUCUACAUUUUACAGAACUUCUACAUGGAUGGGCCUCUCAGGACAUCCCAAGAAAUUUCCCUGGUGGGCCCAUCCUCUGUCUGGAAUUCUGGCUUGUUAACAGAUGGUUGUGAGUUGGUCAAAUUCCUAGAGUGUCUUAGAAUGAUGCUUGUCCAAGGGCAUUAUGGGAAAGCCAUAAUUGGCAUUGCAAAGCAAAGUCGAGUCAUGUCUGAUUUUUACCACCUCUGUGCCAUCAUGGAUAAUGAGUCGCUGCAACUGUUAAGUCAAUCCAGCUUCCCCAGUUGACUUUGCUGGCUGAGAAGGCUGGAUUCACUUGGUGAUGCUAUGAUUCGUUUAGUGCCGUGCUUGGCUUAACUGAGGCAAAGAAAGGUCAUUUAACAAGCGCCUCGCUGAACUCAAGGAUUACCUGCGUAGGCCUUUUUUAAAAAUAAAAAUUCAACUUGAGGGAUUUUUUAGUCCUUAAGUCAGGGGUGGGCAGCCUCGGCUCUUUUAUGACUCGUGGACUUCAACUCCCAGAAUUCCCGAGUCAGCCAUGCUGAGGGGAAAGGGAGAGGUUUCCAAGCUGAGCCAUGCUGGCUCAGGAAUUCUGGGAGUUGAAGUCCACCAGUCAUGAAGGGGCCGAGGUUGCCUACCCCUGCCUUAAGUCCAACCCCCCCCCCACUUGAUGAAAUGCAGUUCAAAGAAAACAAACACUUUUGCCCGUAUUUAUAAAAAAAGAACUUGUAUUUUUAAAACACGACAUGACCAGCUUCUUACAUUUAAACCGUGAAACAAACAAACAAACAAACAAACAAAAACCACACACACCUCUGUGCUUCAGUUUGACUUUUGAAGGGCUGUGCUAUUUCCCCAACCAGAGGGGCAUAAAUAUGGCACAUUUUAGAAAUGUGAUUUAUUUUGCCUUUAUAAGGAAUUGCUGCUGGUUUCAAGGGUGUGUUGACUUUCUUUUUCAGUUAUUUUUUUUUUAAGACUUCCUGUUUAAGACUUUUUGUCCAUGACUUUUGUAAAGGUAACUUUCAAUACUGGGUAGCAGAUUUUCAGUUUACAUGACUUUUUUUUUGGAAGCUCCGAGUGCUUACCAUGUCUUAAAAAGGAACGGGAAAGAUAAAACCUGGAUAGGUCAAGCUCCUUGGCAGCCCCUCAGCUCAAAAAUAAUAAUAAUAAAAAAGUUCAUUUCUGAGAAAUGAAGUGUGGAGAAUUAAAAACGAAGGGCAGGGAAGAAGAAAAAAAAAUGAAAUAUUUCUAAAAGCAGCCUGAGGUUACUUUCUAAAAAGCCGAAAUGAGCUGGAGACAAGUUUUGGAAGAUAGUUCUCUCUUGUUUGCACCGUUUUGAACAUCAGGUGAUGAAAGUGUCCAUUCCACCAAUUGUGGCCAAAUUUACCAAGAGAAUAGAAUCGGUGCUAAGUUAGAACGUGAGAAGGCCUAAUUUUCAUUUUGAACGUAGAGACGGUGCAGUUUGGAUCCUUUCUGCUCCGAGGAUGUUGUGUCUUUCUACCUGCUUGUUUCAAAGUUGUGUGUGUCUCUCUUGAGCACGCAAGUCAGAUAGGGAUGGGGUGAGGAGCCCGCCGGUCCUUCCCUUUCUCACCCCCCUCCUUCCAGCUGAGAAAGCAAAAUUAAGACAAAUUGUACGGUGCUGCCAAAGAGAAAUAAAUGCAUAAUAUGUGUAAAUGCUGUACAUAAACCGGGAGCCUAUUUUUUUGCCUUUUUAUUUAAUUUUUUGUUUUGUUUCUUUUGGUCAGGAUGCAGUUUUUAAGAGGUGCUUCAUUAAAAUUAAGACCGCUGUUUUUGGAA